UUCAAGUGAAAAGUAGGAAAUCUGAGAGAAAUAAAAAAAUAUUAAUAAUUGAAUAUAGAUUAAUUAAUUAGUUGAGAAAGGAAAAGUCAAAGGAAGUGAAAAUAUUCUCAAGGUUUUUAGUGCAAUUCAAAUAAAAAUAAAAUAAUUAAAUAUGAGACCACUCUUUGGAAACGACAUCACAAACACCCAAAACUCAGGAAAUGGGAAUAAUGACGAUGAUGGAAAUAAUAAUCGCAAUAAUAAUCACAUUAUUGACAGAUUAACACAGAAUGGUGCAACUCCAGUUGCCACAAUUGCUGGCAAGGGAAUCAUUCGUGUUGUAUCGAGAUGUGAAGAUGCUAAAGAAAAUAAUAAUUUAGAUUUGUCAGAAUGCUCAUUAAUUCAAGUACCUGAUGCAGUAUUUCAUCUCAUGCGUCAUACUGAGCUGAAAAGCUGUGAUUUAAGUGGAAAUGUGAUAACAAAAAUUCCACCUAAAUUCGCUGUCAAAUUCAACUUGAUUACAGAACUGAAUUUAUCACACAAUCAAAUGGCAAAGUUACCCGAUGAGCUCUCCGAUUUAGCAUCACUUGAAUCAUUAGACAUCUCACACAACAGCUUCCUCUCACUUCCAUCUGUUAUAUUUAAAAUGAAAAAGCUCAAAAAACUCAACGCAAACACAAAUAAAAUUAUUGAAAUUGAUUUUGAUCUUCUGGAUUAUCAAAAUAAUGCAUUGGAACUCGUUGAUCUUCGAUGGAAUCCAUUGACUGGGAUUUGCUACGAUAUUAUUAAAACUGCUAAAGUAAACUUUAAAAUUGAGAUUUCAGACAGACAGAAAGAGGAAUGGGAAGACUUGGAUAUUUAAAGUAACACACAAAUUGUCUUUGGAACAAAUUAAUCCACUACAUUUGAUAUCAAAAAAACAGGAACAAAUUUACUUUAGAUUUAAUUUUAUUUUUAAGUAAACUCAAGGUUCUCAAUGAGAAUUCAAGUACUUAAAAUAAUAAUAAUAAUACAUUUGUGUUCCUUUAUGAUGUUGUUUCUUUAGGAGAUUAUAGUGGGAGUAGAGUGUUGGCUAUGUGCUGUAAUAUAUAGGAUGAUU